GCCAGUUAAAAGUACAAAAAAGUGACAGCGGGUCUAACUCCAGUAUCUCCAGUGUUACAAACCCACUAUCCCUUCUACCCAAUUGUCAUGACCCAUUCCCUGAUACACCACCACUUCGUACCACGCCCCAGGUAGUUGGUAAUAAUAAUAAUAAUAAUAAAAAACGGGAUAAUAUACAUUCGGCAUUCAUACAUCUGACUAACUCGGAACCGUAUGUGAUAUGCACCCGUCCGCUGGUUCAGUCUUCUCUUUCUCCACCCCUACUGCUACUACUGCUACUACUUCUGAUCGUCGUCUUUCAAACACUGCUGCUACUGUUACUGUUGCUCCCACUAGCACCAACAACGGGAACACUCCCGAGACAAACGACUCGGCCGGACUCAACGGAGGUCUCCACAGACACGGCCCCUCCCUUGAUGGCCAGUCAUCCGACUCGGGUAACGCUUCGUCCCACCCGGGUCCCAAAAAUGCCUCGGACCAUAUCGAGGAUCAAAGAACUAAGAAGCGCCGGACCGGCCCUAGCUCGAGAGGCGUCGCCAGCUUGACACCCGAGCAACUCGCUAAGAAGAGAGCCAAUGACCGGGAAGCACAGCGCGCUAUCCGCGAGCGAACCAAGAAUCAGAUCGAGACACUCGAGAGGCGGAUCUGCGAACUGACCUCGCAGCAGCCCUAUCAGGAGCUGCAGGCUGCUGUCCGUGCCAAAGAGGCCGUCGAGGCUGAAAAUGCAGAGAUCAAGACCCGACUGGCUACUAUCCUGUCCUUGAUACAGCCAAUAUUAUCUAAUCAACAAGUGGAGGGGGCUUACGCAUCUCUCUUCCCGAACAUCGCGCCUAUACACACCACCCAGCCGUCGCAAUCUCCUGCUACUACCUUCAAUGACUCGGCCUCCGCAAGUGCCCCCUCUCCCGGUUCAACAGCAGACUCACCAUGGCAGGCACACGCCCAACCGAGUCCGAAUAUCACCCAGGUUAAGAUGCUGAAUCAGCAACGCCAUGACUUGCUCCACAACUUGGAUCUUGGCGCUGGCGAACAACUGAAGCUUGAUUUUUUGCUCGAUCCCUCGGAACGUGUGAAUAGAAUGCAGACGGGCCUCAACGGAGCACAAGAUACCCCUGGAUAUCAACAUCUUCCCAUGAAGCAUGAUUGGAAUGCUACUUCUCGUGUCGCUGUAACCGAUGGGUACCCUCAGCAGCAACAGCACCGCAUAGAGUAUGCUUCGCAGAAUACCGUUCAAUGCCGGGAGAGAUCCUGGAUUGGUGUCUCGGCCCCGAUCAAGAACGUACCACCUACAUGUCCUCUCGAUAGUCUACUCUUAGACUUUCUACAAGAACGUCGCCAGCGGGCUGCUGAAGGUGUUCCCGCGAGGGAGGUCGUCGGUCCGAGAUACCCUUCCGUUUCAUCCUUACUUAACCCGGCUAACAGCGUGUUCUCCCAUCCACUAUCGAAAGUCUUCACGGAUAUCCUAGCUGCCUUCCCAGGGAUAAGCACACUACCGGAACGAGUUGCCGUACUGUAUUACAUGUUCCUGGUCAUGCGAUGGCAAGUCAGUCCGACACAGGAGAACUUCGACUUACUGCCGAGCUUCGCUCAACCGACGGCAGCACAGUUAUCAACACCGCACCCUGCGUGGAUCGAUCACCUCCCAUUUCCGCGUAUGCGCGAGCAGUUAGCCCUCGAGUACAACGCGACCGAAUUCUUAUUCGACAACUUCUUCAUCCCCUUCACGACUACUAUCUCGCUGAACUGGCCCUACGAACCUACCGAUACGUUGCUUAGAAGCCCGGAUGGUGGGGAAUUGUUAAUUAACCCCGUGUUCGAGAGACAUCUCAGACGUAUAGAGAAUUGGUCGCUUGGGGAAGAUUUCGACGAGGCUUUCCCAAGGUUGAGGGGAAGUUAUAAUUUGAAGAGAGGUGGUAGUGGGGUGAAUGGACGUGGAAGGGGGGGAAGAGCGAAUGGUAGAGGGAGAGGGAGUAUAGGGGAAGAUCCUGCGGACGGACAAUUUAGUGGUGGGUAGAGCGAAGGAUUCGAAGGCACGGAUAAGUGAUACGGGGCUUACAGCAAUAGCCUUUUGGUUCGAAAGCAUAACACCUAUUAUGGUGCUGAGAAUACACAGGCGUCUGACAGGGUUUGUACAAGUUAUACCCAUUCUUCGGCUUGGCUUGGAGCAACAAAAGAAUUUAUUUAAAGGGGUUAUAUCAUGGAGUAUUGAGUUGGGAUGGGACGGCAUGGCAUAACAUGGCUUUAAGAGGACAAAGUAGGUAUCAUUACGUACCCUGCACACGAUUCAACAUAUCAGUGUGUUUUUAAUAGCAAUCAGCAAUACAAAGUUCUGCAUACAUGUGUAUACGGUGGUCUUGUGAAGAAUAGGUAAUGUGGAGGUGGUUAGAUGCUGUGGAUGUGUUGUUGAUGUUGAAGAAAACUUUGUUGGAAGAGUAGGUGGUAUCCUGUCAGAGUUACCAAGAUCUAUAGAUCCUUGGAUAACCCAAAGAAGACACAAUUUCUCCCAAAUAUAUACAGACGAGCAGUUAGAUUUCGCCAGUAGAUGUCAAUGAUACAAAGCGGCUCGAAGUUAUCCUGG